GAUACCGUACACACUUAAAAAGGAAAGUUGACGCAGGUUGUCUCGAAAACUUUGGUGGGGAGGGGAACGCUUCGCGACAGUGCCGUCUGGGAGAAACUUUGAACCAGUAUGGAUGAUUUGCGUUGGAUAUUGACAGAUUUCAGAAAGAGAUCGAAACGUGCAGCAAGAGAAGCCUGUUUUUGAAAGUUGAAAAUGGAGGUAACCAACUUUGAUGACAACCCCACCUACAUUCAUAAUUGCACACCACUGGAUUCUGUGUAUGAACCUGCUAAAACUGUACUCCAGGCACCGGAGGAUGAAAGUUUGUCAGACAAACUUGACAGAUAUUACAAAUAUGUAAAAUCAACUGUACUGAACUAUCAGAGUGCUGCUACAGGUCUUUUCCCUACCAAAACAGUUGGCAAUUGUAAUAAAGCAAAAGUUAGAGAUUGCCUUUAUUGUGCCGCCGGUGUUUGGGCUGUUGCGCUUGCUUAUAGGCGCAUUGAUGAUGAUAAGGGAAGGACUCAUGAGUUGGAAUAUUCUGCUAUAAAAUGUAUGCGUGGAAUUCUUUACUGCUACAUGCGUCAAGCUGAUAAGGUGGAAAGUUUCAAACAGAACCCAAGUCCAUCAAACUGCCUGCAUUCUGUGUUCAAUGUCCACACAGGUGAUGAAGUGUUAUCUUAUGAUGCCUAUGGGCACCUUCAGAUUGAUGCUGUAUCUUUGUUCUUGCUGUAUUUGGUGGAAAUGAUUUCCUCAGGAUUACAGAUUAUCUACAAUACAGAUGAGGUAUCUUUCAUUCAAAAUCUUGUUUUCUGUGUGGAAAGAAGCUACCGCAGACCAGAUUAUGGUAUGUGGGAAAGAGGAAGUAAGUACAACAAUGGGAGCACUGAACUGCAUUCAAGUUCAGUUGGUAUGGCCAAAGCUGCUUUGGAAGCAAUCAAUGGAUUUAAUCUCUUUGGAAAUCAGGGUUGUUCUUGGUCUGUCAUUUUUGUUGAUUUUGAUGCUCACAAUCGGAACAGACAAACCCUUUGUUCACUUCUUCCACGAGAAUCUAGGUCCCAUAAUACAGAUGCUGCCCUACUGCCAUGUAUAAGUUACCCUGCCUUUGCAGUAGAUGAUGAUGCCUUGUUUGAUCAAACUCUUGAGAAAGUUGUUCGCAAACUGAGAGGAAGCUAUGGAUUGAAACGCUUCUUAAGAGAUGGAUACAGAACUGGAUUGGAGGACCAUUCGCGGCGUUAUUACAAACCAGCCGAAAUCAAGCUGUUUGAUGGCAUUGAAUGUGAAUUUCCUCUGUUUUACAUUUAUUUGGUAAUUGAUGGAGUAUUUAGAGGAAAACCUGAUCAAGUAAAAGAAUACAUGAAACUCCUUGAGCCAUUGCUUCAUCAGUCAUAUGAAGGCUGUCCCAUCAUUGCUUUGCUCUCUGUACCGAAGUACUAUUAUGUGCCGGCUGACUUUAUUGAAUUAGAAAAGGAAUCACCUGGCAGCCAAAAGCGUUUUCCUAACAGCUCUGGACGUGACGGAAGUCUCUUCUUGUGGGGACAGGCAUUGUACAUAAUUGCAAAGUUGCUUGUGGAUGAACUGAUCAGCCCGCAGGACCUGGAUCCUUGUAGGCGUUACAUUCCUCCAAAGGAACAAAGGAAUAUAAGCAUGAGAUAUUCCAACCAGGGUCUUUCAGAAAAUGAUGUGGUUGUUCAUGUGUCCCUGAUUGCUGAAAGCCAGCGCCUUCAAGUAUUUCUCAACACAUUUGGAAUACAGACACAGACACCUCAGCAGGUGGAGCCUAUCCAAAUAUGGCCUCAACAAGAGCUUGUGAAGGCCUAUCUCCAUCUUGGUGUCAAUAAAAAACUUAAUUUGUCUGGAAGACCAAACAGACCCAUUGGGUGCAUUGGAACAUCAAAGCUUUAUAGAAUUCUAGGAAAAACAAUUGUUUGCUAUCCCAUUGUUUUUGAUUUGAGUGACUUUUACAUGGCUCAAGACGUCAUGCUGCUGAUUGAUGAUAUUAAGAAUUUACUACUGUUUAUUAAGCAAUAUUGGAAAAUGAAUCGACGUCCUCUAUUCCUCGUACUGAUCCGUGAAGAUAACAUAAAGGGAAGUCGACUCAAUCCUAUUUUGGACAUGUUGGCAGCUUUUAAAAAUGGCAUCAUUGGAGGAGUAAAAGUUCAUGUCGAUAGACUUCAGACAUUAAUAUCUGGAGCAAUCAUAGAACAGCUUGAUUUCCUUCGGAUAAGUGAAGAGGAAGAAAUUCCACAAUUCAUAGGUCUAGAGGAACUGGAAUUCCCAAAGCAUUCAAAAGUGAAGCGUAAGCCAAGUAUAGCAGCUGGUACUGACCUAGUGGAACAUAUGGAGAUAAAUCUGAACGAUUGGAUGUUUUCCCCCACAUCGGAAAUUCUCCAUAAACUAUCUGAAUCCACCAACCUUGCCACCCAAGCUAUGCUCUUGAGUAUUUUGCUGAAGCGAGAAGGACCUAAUUUCAUAACUGGAGAAGGUAUGGUUAUCGAUCGUUUGGAAAAAAUUUAUCAACGAUCAGGCAGCAGAAAACACUGGUCUAUUGUACGCUUCACAGCAAGUGUUUUAGGUAAACAAGUGGACAGCCUUGCUCCAUCAAUUACUAGGGUUUUAGUUCAGGGUAAACAAGUGACGAUUGGGGUAUUUGGUCAAGAGGAGGAGGUGAUUUCAAACCCCUUAUCACCAGCAGAAAUAAAGAACAUUGUCUAUACUAACUGUGCCAAACAUGAUGUAAGGGAGGCAGUGCUUCAGCAGGAACUUGUCAUUCAUAUUGGUUGGCUUAUCUCUAAUUCUCCAGAACUCUUCCAUGGCAUGCUGAAAUUUAGAAUUGGAUGGAUCAUCCACGCUAUGAAACAUGCUCUCAAGGUUCGAGGUGAGAAUCUACCCACAGAUUAUCUGUACCAGAUGUCACCAAGUGAUGUUAAAAAGCUUUUACUGGAUAUUCUGCAGCCUGAUGAAAAGGAAAGGUCAUGGCUGAACAGGCGUCAUCUUGAUGGCUCCCUAAACCGUACACCAAAGGGCUUUUAUGACAGAGUAUGGCAGAUUCUGGAGAGGACACCAGAGGGCAUCAGAGUAACUGGAAAGCACCUGCCCCAACAACCAACUUUAUCAGAUAUGACCAUGUACGAGAUGAACUUUUCUCUCCUCGUAGAAGACACAUUGCAGGACAUCGUACAGCCUGAAUAUCGACAGAUCAUUGUUGAGUUGAUUAUGGUAGUUUCUGCUGUGUUGGAGCGCAAUCCUGAACUGGAAUUUGCUGCUGAAGUGAAUUUGGACAAUCUGGUCAAAACCGCUUUUGAUGAAUUUAAGAAUGACAAAAGAAGGCUGGAGCAUGUUGAACUUAAAGUGAGUAAGCUUCACGACAUGACUGACUUCUACAAUACUCCUCCAUUGGGUAUGAGAGGGACAGCCAGCUACUUGAUGAAGGCUGUGAUGAACACAUUACUUGAGGGUGAAGUUAAAUCAGGCCCCGAUGAUCCCUGUGUGAUAUGCUGAAGAUAUGAACUUGAAAAGUAUGCAUGUACAUGUGAUUUAUGAUGUGUGCGAAUGCAUGUUAAUACCAUGAUGCUACUCAAUGUAAUUCAAGGCACAUUACAAUACAUCAGUUUGUCAGAUUUCAGCUGUUUUUGUGCAAGGAGAAUGAUUUCAUUAAACUGGCAAUGUAUUCUGUAGAAACAAAAAUGAGGUAAUUUAAAUAUUGCACGUGUAUGAAAGAGGUUAUGUUCGAUAAAUGAAACAUUCAUUUACACUUUAGCACUGUUUAGUCAGUAUGUUGCUUUAUAUAAAGUUAAGAUAUUGGCUUUUAAAUGUUUAGAAUUUGCAUGUGCACCAAUGUUACAAGCUAUAAUUGUUAAAUAAAAAUGGGAUGUUUAAAACUG